AUGGUGCACUCCCGACCUCAGGUCGCUACUCUAUGGAGCCCUGUGAGGUGUCAUGCACCGCGUCGCUCACUCUAUGAAUCCGCAUAUGCACCCAACAAAUUCGAUCAUGAACACUUCUACCAGCAUAGCACUGGCCGCUGGCUCUGGGAUGAGAAGAAACAGCUAGCGGAGAGCUAUAGACACUUCGAUAUCCCUGCUCUCAAGGAGAUCGCGGCGCAAAGCGUUGGUGCGAAACGGUGCAUUUCGAUGGGCAAGAUUGCAGAAGGUCAUUCAAGCAGGGUCUUUCGAUUGAGGAUGGAUAACGGGAAAUACGCGUUUGCGAGGAUCCUGUAUGCGAAUCUUGAUCCGGAGUGCGCGGCUAGGGCGAUCAAUUCCGAGGUCGCGAGUAUGGAGUUUGCUAGAACGGUGCUUGGGGUGCCGACACCGAGGGUCUUGGACUGGAGCGGUACUCAGGAGAAUGCGGUGGGGGCUGAGUAUGUUCUUAUGGAAGCAGCGACGGGAACGCCGCUCUGGAGGCUUUGGCCGAAGAUGGAUGUAAAGAGCAAAUUGAGCGUUGUUGCUGAACUCAUCGAGGUGGAGAAGAAGUUUCUCUCCGUGGCGUUCACGCGCUAUGGGAAUCUGUAUAUUGCACAAGAUGCCUUUCCUGGCUGCGAGAAAGCUGAAGUAAAGGGACAAGUGGCGCAAUUGAUUAAAGACGAAGUCUCCAGAAGAUUUGUGAUCGGUCCGGUGGCAGCGCGGAGUUUUUGGCAUCACGAGCGCGCAUGCAUGGAGAUUGAUCGGGGUCCUUGGAAAUCUCCACAGGACUAUCUUCGAGCCAUUGCUCGAAGGGAGAUUGCGUGGACAGUGCGCCAUGCAGAUCCGAAGACCCAGCGGAGCUUCUACAACGCACCUUUCACAAUGCCAGAACCUCCAAUGCAGCGAGACAUCAGCAAACACAUUGCUCACUACCUCAAGCUCCAAGAUCUUUCCGAGACCCUACUACCCGAAGGAGAAAAAAGCCGCGCCACACUUUGGCACCCGAACCUCCGGACAGCAAACAUAUUCGUGAAAGACAACAAGAUCACCGGCAUUAUCGACUGGAACGAUGUCUGGGUUGGGCCGUUAUUUCUGCAAGCAGAGUCUCCCUCGCUGGUAACUCAUGUGGGCGAGAUGAAGCUAAAACUUCCGGAUGAAAACGAGACGAUGGAUGAGGUGGACCAGGGGUUUGCGCGCCGCCAGGUCGACGGGAGUAUGGUAGCCCAAGCGUACCGCGAGAUGCUUAGGAAACAGAGUCCGUUCUUAAGCUGCGUGCGCAACGUUCCGCACGCAAAGAACACCCAGCUAGUUAUACACUUAGCGCAGAAUACGUGGCACGGCGAUGUCGUGCUUCUAAGGCAGGUGUUGAUUCGCGUCGCAAGGCAUUGGGGCGAUAUGCGCCCGGACAUCCCCUGUCCCAUAUCUUUCACCGAUGCGGAAUUGGAAGAGCUCCAACCCUACGCCGAGGGCUGGAACCAUACCGCAGACAUUUAUGAGGCGUUCCAUACGUUCAUGGGCGUACAUAGGGAUGGGUGGAUCGAGGAGAGGAAUUAUGAGGUCGCGGUUGAAUACUUGAAGGAGAUUAUUGAGAAGAUAGAUUAUGGGGAGGAGGAUACGCCUGAGGAGAGGGAGGAUUUCAUGGCGAAGUUGGGAAGGGUGGGCGGGGAAUGA